AUGCUCGCGUUUCAUCGCCCUGCUCGCUUGCUCUCAGGAUCCGCUGUGAGAGCAUUUCACGUCAGCCGUGCCUCGAGGCUGCCCGCCAUCCUGCAUCCAGACCUGCAAGCCUACAAGAGUCUCAGGGAAGAGAAAGCAUGGGUGGAAAGCUCGCAGUCAAAGCCGCCCCCGACUAUCUCCAGCUUGAGGAUAUGCAUCGUGAACCUGAUGCCCCUCAAAGAAUCGACGGAACUACAGCUCUGCCGGAUGCUCGCUCGCUCACCCGUGGCGUCUGACAUCGCGUGGGUCGUUCCCAACACCUACUCGGGCAAGAACUCCACGCCAGGGCACCUGGAGAAGUUUUACAAGCGGUUCAACGAGGUGAAAGGGGAGAAGUACGACGGGAUCAUUUUAACAGGGGCUCCCAUUGAGCAUCUAGACUUUGAACAGGUUGCAUACUGGAAAGAGCUUCAAGACUUCUUCGAAGACGUCAGAAAGAUGGAUGCAGGCAUACUCUCACUGUGUUGGGGAGCCAUGGCCUCGCUGUGGCACUUCCAUGGCGUGAAGAAGCACAUCACCCCUCGCAAAGUCUUCGGUGUCUUCGAUCACAAGAUCUCCUCCAAGGAUCGCAUGCUCGCGAUCCCCGACCAUGUCGGCAUUCCCGUUUCCCGCCAUACCACCUGGAAGAGAGACGACAUCAUCUCGAACCCGAAGCUCGAGAUCCUUCUUGAUGGGCCGGAGGAAGCCGGGCCCGGGCUGGUCUGGGACGAGGACCUGGGGCACGCGCACAUGAUCAACCACUUCGAGUACGAUGUGGACACACUGGACGGAGAGUACAGGCGCGAUCUAGUGAAGGGGACGCCAACAGGGGAGCCGAUUCACAUUCCCAACCAGUACUAUCCAGGAGACGACCCCAAGAACACGCCGGUCCUGACAUGGCAGACCCCCGGCCAGGUCUUCUACUCCAACUGGCUCAAUACUGUGAUGCACCGCAAGUGGAAGAGGGAGGGAAAGUUGUCAUGA